CGACCGGGGUCGGAUAUGAGGAGACGAAGAGACGAGACUAUGGGGUUGGUACGCCCUUGUGGUUGUUUACAACAUAUGGUUAACCUGGUUACACGACAAAGCCCAACUUGGUCGUCUUCCGUCAGGUCGCCUUUCUGCUGCUCAAGCUGCUUUUUGUGUUGGGUUCGAGAGAAAGUUGCGAGUACUUUCCAAGGAGACCCACAUAGACUAGCGUUCUAUUGGUUGCGGAGAAAAGAUGUUCAGUACCGACCUGAGACCUUUGGCCAUGAUGAUGGCCAAUAG